AUGUCACAUAUGUCACAUUUUUAAAUUCCAGAAUGCGUUACGUAGCGGCCUACUUGCUUGCAGCUCUUAGUGGCAACAGCAAUCCCUCUGCAGCUGACCUGAAGAAGAUCAUUGGGUCAGUAGGAAUUGAUGCAGAGGCUGACAAAAUCAACAAAAUCAUCAGUGAACUAAAGGGAAAAAGUAUUGAAGAACUCAUCACUCAAGGUCAAGAGAAGCUUGCAUCUGUGCCAUCAGGUGGUGCAGUAGCCGCCAGCGCUCCUGCUGGAGGAGCCCCAGCUGAGGCAGCACAAGAAAAGAAAGAAGAGAAGAAGAAACCGGAACCAGAAUCCGAAUCUGACGACGAUAUGGGAUUUGGUCUCUUCGAUUAAAAGAAGACUUUAUAUGUCAUUCACAAAUAAAUCGUAAAUCAAGA